AUGGGUCAAACAGUACCAGAAGGCUUGGCUAGUACAGUACUUGGCGAGCAAAAAAGCGAGGCGGCGGCGUUCAAUUCGUUCCGAUCUUUGCUGCUACGCUUUGCCGAGCGACAUCGAUUUCGCCACCGCCCACCAUGCAUCAGCAAGGUGACCCAACGAGUGCUAGACGAAGUGUGGUUGGGAUACGCCGCGUCGUUUUGGAGCAAGUACGCCCAGUACGACCGAAGCCAACUGUUGUCGAUAAAACCGCCGUGUGUGAAGUUGCCGUUGCUUUUUAUCCUCAAAGGACAGCCUGGUGGCGUGAUUGACAAGAAGGAGCUUUCAACGUAUCCUGCUGGUCAUUUCUAUGCUGUCCAAAAGAACGCAUGGAUGGACGAGCGCGUCUGGUCGAUGUACCUUGACGAGGUACUUGCGCCAUGUUUGGACCUCCCUCCGAACUCGACUAGUCGGUGUCAGCCGCUCGAUGUUGGGGUGAUGGGUCCUCUCAAGGCGAUGCUGAAGACGGCGUGGCUUUUGGAAGAAGACAGUCGUAGUAGUGUUGACGAUGUCUUUACUGCCCAAGAAAAGCGACUUGCAAUGGUAAAGAGGACUAUACUAGUGCCCAAGAAAAGCGACUUGCAAUGGUAA